AUGUUGGACCUAAACUCAUCCUCCGUGCUAACACUAAUACUUGUAGUGCUCAUUGCAAAGACUGUCAUCACUUCAAUUGGCAAGCCAACGCUUCUGAACAAGUGCUGGAACUUAUAUUCUGUUGUGGCUUCCAGAGCAGGUAAACCUCAAUUUGUGGAGCUUGCAAAGAAGAGACAGGAGUUGGUUCAGAUCAACAAGGAGCGCAAAUCCAUCAGCGCACAGGAUCAGUACGCCAAAUGGACCAAGUUGAACCGCAGCUUUGACAAGUUAUCUGCAGAGGUAAAGACACUUGCAGACCAGGUUUCUACCGAGAAGGCUACCGUCAAUAAGGUUGUCAAUGGUGCCGUUACCCUUUUGACCGUGGCUCCUAUUUGGUUUUGCCGCGUCUGGUAUAGAAAAACCGUUCUUUUCCACUUUCCCUCGGGAUACUUCCCGGGAGUCAUGGAGUGGUUUUUGGCUCUCCCGUUCACUGUUAAGGGCGGAGUGGGCCUUACCGUAUGGAUGUUUGCCGUCAACUCUGUGUUGAGCUCGAUCGUCUUCCUUGCGCUGUACUUGGUAGAACCAGCCGUCCAGAAACCAGACAAGGCCGCUAGCACGAAAUCACAAUAG